GCUCCGCCUUCCCUCUCGCCACUGCGGAGCCAGACUCUGAGGAGCAGGAGCGGCGGCGCAGGUCCUCCGGGCGGGCAGGAGCAGCUGGAGAUGCCGGCCAGGAGCCGGGACCCGCCGAGCUCCUCUGGGGUGGAUCCUCGCACCGCGCUGCCGCCCGCCAGCCCGCCCAAGGGGCACCGGCCCGCAGCCGGCGUCCGGCUGGUCCCUCGCCUCAGCCUGCACCCUAAGAAAUCAUAGGUUUGUUGUCUUGGAAGAAUGGAAUCAAUCUCUAUGAUGGGAAGUCCUAAGAAUCUCAAUGAAACUUUUCUACCAAAUGUUGCCAAUGGCAUCAAGGAUGUCAGUAAGGUCUCAAUAGGCAUAAUUGGAACUGGAGACUUUGCUAAGUCAUUGACAAUUAGGCUUAUCAGAUGUGGGUACCAUGUGGUCGUGGGAAGCAGAAACCCUAAACUUGCUGCUGAGUUCUUUCCUCAUGUCGUUGAUGUCACUCACCAUGAAGAUGCAGUAGCAAAAACAAACAUCAUUUUUGUAGCUAUACACAGAGAACAUUAUGCCUCUUUAUGGGACCUCAAGCAUUUACUUGCAGGGAAAAUUCUGAUUGAUGUCAGCAAUAACACAAGAGUAGACCAAUAUCCAGACUCCAACGCAGAGUAUUUGGCAUCGCUUUUCCCAGAUUCUGUGAUUGUCAAAGGAUUCAAUGUUGUUUCGGCUUGGUCACUGCAGUUAGGACCAAAGGAUGCCAGCAGACAGGUCUAUAUAUGCAGUAACAAUGUUCAGGCUCGCCAUCAAGUUAUAGAGCUUGCCCGUCAGCUCAGUUUUAUUCCUAUUGAUCUGGGGGCAUUGUCAUCUUCAAGGGAGAUUGAAAACUUACCUCUGCGACUGUUCACACUGUGGAAGGGGCCAGUAGUGAUUGCUAUUAGCCUGGCAACGUUUUUUUUCAUCUAUUCCUUCGUCAGAGAUGUAAUCCAUCCAUACACGAAAAAUCAACAGAGUGACUUUUACAAGAUCCCCAUUGAGAUUGUGAACAAAACUCUACCAAUUGUUGCUAUCACUUUACUUUCUCUAGUGUAUUUGUCAGGACUUAUUGCUGCUGCUUACCAACUUUACUAUGGUACCAAGUAUAGGAGGUUUCCACCGUGGCUGGACAACUGGCUCCAGUGUCGAAAGCAGCUUGGACUGCUCAGCUUUUUCUUUGCAGCAGUGCACGUGGCAUACAGCCUCUGCUUGCCUAUGAGGAGAUCAGAGAGGUAUUUGUUCCUCAAUAUGGCAUAUCAACAGGUUCAUGCAAAUGUUGAAAACUCUUGGAAUGAGGAGGAAGUGUGGAGAAUUGAAAUGUAUAUCUCUUUUGGAAUAAUGAGUCUUGGAUUGCUUUCUUUGCUGGCAGUAACUUCAAUCCCUUCAGUAAACAGUGCCUUAAACUGGAGGGAGUUCAGCUUUAUUCAGUCUACACUUGGAUAUGUUGCUCUGGUCAUAAGUACUUUCCAUGUACUGAUUUAUGGAUGGAAAAGAGCUUUUGAAGAGGAAUAUUACAGAUUUUAUACACCACCAAAUUUUGUUCUUGCCCUCGUUCUGCCUUCCAUUGUAAUUCUAGGUAAGAUCAUUUUACUUUUGCCCUGUGUAAGUAGAAAGCUGAGGAGAAUUCGAAGAGGAUGGGAGAAAAGCCAUGGGAUCAUAGAAGAUGCAAGCGGGUCUGUUCCACACCUUUCCCCAGAAAGGAUAACUGUGAUGUGAUGAUGGACUUCUAAGAUGUUUUGAUGAUUGAUUUGUUAGCACUGUUGUAAAUGUUUGGGUUGUUUGGGGUUUUUUUGUCCUAAAUUUGUAGUUUUAGAAGUUUAAUUGAAGUAUAAGUAAAGUCACUAGGGACUUGCUUGGCAUAUAGUACAAGCUGUC